GUGAUAAAUCAAAUUUUUUUAUUGAAGAACAAAGUACAAAAAAUUGCAGGUAAGAAACUGGGUAAUGCCAAUUAAUCGGAAGUAUAACUUAAGCUUGCUUCUUCAAACCCUUCGAGAAGAACUUCGCUCCAAACAUAACUACAAAGUUCUAUUUGAAUAUGUGAUGCUUGCAGGAGUUAACGACAGCCUUGAGGAUGCAAGGAGGCUAAUUGAUCUUGUUCAGGGCAUUCCUUGCAAGGUCAAUCUUAUAUCGUUUAAUCCCCAUUGUGGAUCCCAGUUUAAGCCAACCAGUGAAGAGAAAAUAAUUGAGUUCCGAAAUAUUUUGGCGGAAGCAGGGUGUAUUGUUUUCUUGCGACCUAGUAGAGGGGAUGACCAAAUGGCUGCCUGUGGUCAACUUGGGAAGCCUGGCCAAGUCCAGGCUCCCUUGCUUCAGGUGCCUGCUAAAUUCCAAUCAGCCCUGACCUAAUUUAUAAGCAUCUAGAAUUGAAUUUGAUGACUACUGUGCUGACUCGGUAGAGGACCUCAUCCGGGGAUGAAAUCAGAUUCCAUUUAAAAAAUUUAAAUUUCAGUACUGUGAUGGUUAAUGUGUCAGUGUGAGAUUAUUUCACAUUCCCAAUGAGCAAAAGGUGUUGGUUUUUUUCUCUGCAA